UCAGCUUCCAGAGAGCUAUCUGAAGACGUCCCUGGGUUCCUGCAUCAAACACAACUACUAGCAUUUCUAUACAGGAGGGUAACAUGGACGAGGGCAGUGUGAGGAAGAGGAAGGACAUGUUUAAUGGAGGCCCCGGCCCAACCUCCAAUAUGUCUGCCUCCAAGCCUGCUGAGGAAGACGUGAAGGCUACCGUGCUACAGAAGGAUGUGGGCCUUUUGAGUGGGAUCUGUCUGAUCGUAGGGACCAUGAUCGGCUCCGGCAUCUUCAUCUCCCCGAAGGCAGUGCUGCUGGAAACGGGAGCCGUAGGACCAUGUCUGUGUGUCUGGGCCGCCUGCGGGGUGCUAGCAACACUGGGGGCGCUGUGCUACGCGGAGCUGGGCACCAUGAUCACUAAGUCUGGAGGGGAAUACUCUUACCUGAUGGAGGCCUUUGGGUCAGUGAUGGCCUACCUCUACUCAUGGAGCACCAUCAUGGUCCUAAAGCCCUCCGCCUUCGCCAUCAGCCUAAGCUUCGCAGAGUAUGCCUCCACGCCGUUCUACCCAGGAUGCACUCCUCCCAUUGUGGUCACCAAGUGCCUGGCUGCAGCGUGCAUAUUGAUGAUCGUGUCGGUGAACUGCCUCAGUGUGAAGCUAGCCAACUAUGUCCAGAACUUCUUCACUGCAGCCAAGCUUCUCAUCAUCCUGGUCAUCAUAGUGGCAGGCAUCGUCCUCUUGGCACAAGGAAACACUGAGAAUCUGUCCAACCCAUUUGAAGGAGCCUCAACCUCCUUUGGAUCCAUUGGACUGGCGUUUUACAAUGGGCUCUGGGCCUACGAUGGGUGGAAUCAGCUGAACUUUAUAACAGAGGAGCUGGAAAACCCAUACAGAAACCUUCCCCUGGCCAUUAUCAUUGGUAUUCCCUUGGUGUCUGUGAGCUAUGUGCUGGUCAACAUUGCCUACUUCAGCGCCAUGACCACUACGGAACUACUGCAGUCUCCCGCUGUUGCUGUGACUUUUGGUGACAGAGUGCUGUACCCCCUGUCGUGGGUAGUCCCUGUGUUUGUCGUCUUCUCCACCUUCGGAGCAGCCAAUGGGAGCUGCUUCACAGCCGGCAGGUUGACCUAUGUGGCAGGAAGAGAGGGUCACAUGGUAAAGAUCUUGUCCUACAUCAGUCUGAAGCGUUACACUCCUUCGCCCGCCAUCAUCUUCAAUGGUAUUCUGGCCAUACUCUACAUUAUCCCGGCAGACAUCAACACCCUGAUCAACUACUUCAGUUUCGCCCAGUGGGCUUUCUACGGACUCACAGCUCUCGCUCUCAUCGUCAUGCGCUUCACCAGGAAGGAACUCAAGAGGCCCGUCAAGUGUCCCAUGCCCAUAGCAGUGCUGGUGGUGAUCGUGUCCUGCUACCUGGUCCUAGCACCGAUCAUAGACAAGCCAGAGCUGGAGUAUCUGUACUGUACCAUCUUCAUCCUCAGCGGUCUGCUGCUCUACUUCCCCUUCGUUCAUCGCAGGUUCAGCUGGACACACAGGGUCAUGAGGCCAAUCACCAUGCAUCUCCAGCUGCUGAUGGAGGUCGUUCCUCCUGAGAAAAACGAAUAGAGGAAGAUAAUAAACAGCCUAAACUGACUGAUGUGGACAAAUGUAUUGUGCAUCCCAAAUGGUACCCUUUACCUUAUGUGGUGCACUACCCCAUAGGCCCUAGUCAAAAGCAGUGCACUACUUAGGGAAUAGGGUGCCAAUUGAGACACAGCUUUAGGGUACUGUAGGUACUGUACUGUCUCAUAAUGAACCUUCUGUACUGUGUCAUAAUGAACGUUCUGUACUGUCUCAUAAUGAACGUUCUGUACUGUGUCAUAAUGAACGUUCUGUCCUGUCUCAUAAUGAACGUUCUGUCCUGUCUCAUAAUGAACGUUCUGUCCUGUCUCAUAAUGAACGUUCUGUCCUGUCUCUUAAUGAAUGUUCUGUCCUUUCUCAUAAUGAACGUUCUGUCCUGUCUCAUAAUGAACGUUCUGUCCUGUCUCAUA